AUGUUGAGCUUCGUAGAGGCGGAGAUGUACCUCCGCAGUUUGCGCGAGGGUAUUGCCAAAGUUCAGGAGGAUUCCACCGCUUCUGAGAAAUACCUGCUCGCAUCUAACGCUUUUUCGCAGAUACAGGACCAUAUUCCGAAAUUGGCAGCUCAUCAAGUGCUUUCGAGAUAUGUCGAGAAGCUCAUUGCGCUCCUGGCCCAUUCGCUGAUUGAGGACCCAGCGAACGAGCUCGAAGAGAAGCGCCAAUUGUGCGAGUCCAUAUGCCUGCAUCUUAUGAUGAAAGGCGAUGUCACAACUCUCUCCAUGGAUUCGUUCGGUUCGCACGUUCUGCAGAGCGCUCUUCAGUGCGGCACGAUUUUUGAGCACCAGGGCUUCAGUCUAAGCACGCCGCUUCAGUACUUCGCGGCAGCGGUAGAGGAUGGCUGUCUUUUCCAGAUGCUGCACCACCCGUCAGGAUCGCACGUGUUGCGCAGCCUGAUAAAGGCUAUCGCAUGUGCCCUGGACGCGGAUGCCUUCCAGAGUUCCAGAAAGUGGCGUUUCGCAAGACUGGAGCGUUGGGCGGACCUGUUUUGCUUAGAUUUGGGUGGUUCGCUUUCUACCACCCAGUCGUCGAUCACUGUUUGCGUCGUGUUGAAGAUGUGCCAGAGCAGACCUGGUAGCAACGUGUCACGAUUGUGCAACAGCGUUUCGGAAUACUGUGUUACGCACUGCACCGAGUCUAAAGCGGUGAGCUACGCAGCUCAAGAGUGCCUUCAGCUAUGCUCGAAUGAGGAAUUUAACCGUGUUUUCAACAUUUUGGUGGCCACGAGGGCGCAAGAGCUGUCGGAGCACGCGUUUGGAAACUACGUCGUCCAAUCCGUUAUUUGCCACCGUUAUUUCCAGCAGAGCCACCUGGAGCGGCUGUUGAAUUCCAUUGAUAUGGGCAAGUUGCUCCUGAGCUCCUCUGCCUCGGUGGUAUGGCGAAUGUGCGAGUCUGCGGUUACUCUGGGAACGUGUCAAGCUCUUUUUGUAAAAAAGCUAAUGGCUGCACUUCGUAUAUCGAACUACACAGUCAAUGAUUCGAAAAAGAAGCGCGCCAAAGAAAAAAAGAGGAAAGCCAAAGAGGAAUUGCGAUCAGAUGGCGCUGCGUCAGCCGAUGCUGCUGACGACAGGGGUGCUCAACCCGUUGAAGAAACGCAAUCUGGCGAUGAAUCGGGCGCCCAUUCAUUCAAGGGUCAUCUUUGGUUAGCGCUGACCUCUUGCACGCGGCCUGAGAAAAAUCAUAUCCACCUGCGUGCGGCCGGUGCGUCCAUAUUGCUCCACAUGCUCAAGUUUGAACGCAAGUUAAUCGUGAACCUGCUGAGCGACUUCAAAUACUUCCUCCGUAUCGCAAAAUCGCAUGGCCGUAUCGUCGACUUAGCCACUGAUCGCCACUAUUCCCGGGUGCUCCAGUUAAUGCUAGACCGCCGUCAGGGUCUGAUGACGGAGAAGCAGGUGAGGAGGCUUUUCAAGUACCUAAAGCCCCAUUUGUUCGACAUCGCCAUGGACAUCAAUGGCGCUUUCGUGCUUUCGGACCUCUUCCAGGCGUCGCCAUUGCAGCUCAGGCGAGCCCUUUUAACGGGGCUUGCGCCGCACAGCAAGGAAAUCAUUGACAGAAACAAGAAGUUCGCCAGCAUCAUAUGCCUCGACGCAUUCUGCAAGAGCGAGUCGGCGUGGACCAAGCAUCAGACUGUGGCCGAGUCCGUCCGUACUCUCUUCAAGGACAUUAUCAACCCGGGGUCGUAA